UUGCCAGGUUGGCUUUAACGCCUCCGCCUGUGCGCAGAUUGUCCCGGGCUGAAGGCGCCACCUCCGGGCGCUCUGGCGCGAGCCGCCCCUCCUCCCGCGUGUCCAUCCUCCCGCCGCUCCUCCUCGGCCGCCCCUUGGCUCCUCCCCGGCCACGCGCCUGCCCCGACCUCCAGCCGCCUUCCGAGGCCGCAGGCGCCGGGCGGAGCACAAGGUGUAAGGCGGCCCGCUUCAUCCCGGGCCGCCGCCUCCGAGCAGUCGGCGCGGGAGGCACCAUGCAGACGUGCGGAGGUGGCGCCGCGGGACGCCGGGCUUUCGACAGCAUCUGUCCCAACAGGAUGCUGGAGACGCCCCGCCGGCCCCUCGGCAAGCCAGGGACGUUGGACAGGAAGUUCGCCUCUCCGCUCAAGUUCUUUCCCGGAUGCAGCGGAGGCAAACGGGUGUUGGUGUACCAGGAUCCCCCCGACGCGGAGUCUGCAGCGCUGCCAGCCCUCACCACCAUAGACCUACAGGACCUCGCCGACUGCUCCUCGCUACUCGGGACCGACGCGCCGCCUAGUGAUAACCCGGCCGCCUCGCAGAACCACUCCCUGCCAGCCGAAGGGGACUUGGAUCUGCAGGAUUUCCGAGACGCGGUGGACGACCUGAUAUCAGACUCAUCCUCGUUGAUGUCACCUGCCCUAGCCGACGAUGGUUUUUCUUUCUCUCCUUGCGACUCGUCGCCCUUCGAACCCUGCCUCUCCCGGCCUCUGGAGCCGAGGGCCCUGCCGUCCCCGCCGCUGUGCCCCCAAGAUGUGCCCCCGCCAGAGCAGUACUGGAAGGAGGUGGCCGACCAGAACCAGAGGGCGCUGGGGAACGCUCUUGUGGAGAAUAACCAACUACACGUGACCCUGACCCAGAAGCAGGAGGAGAUUGCCUCGCUGAGGGAGCGGAACGUGCAGCUCAAAGAACUCGCCAGUCGGACCCGGCAUCUGGCCUCGGUGCUGGAUAAGCUGAUGAUCACGCAGUCCCGAGAUUGCGGAGCCAGGACCGAGCCCUUGCUGCUCAAGGCGACAGCCAAAAGGAGCCUGGAGGAGCUGUUCAGCGCUGCGGGGCAGGAUUGCGCUGAGGUGGACGCCAUUCUGAGGGAGAUUUCCCAGCGCUGCGAUGAAGCCCUCCAGAGCCGAGAACCCAAACGGCCCCGGCUGCAGCCUGAGCCCGCCAGCGCGGACAGCUUGCCCGGGAAUCUGCACGGUGCCUUCCGGGGACUGCGCACCGACUGCGGCCAGGGCGCCUUGAACCUGAGCUACAGCGAGCUGGAGGAGGGCGGCUCCUUCAGCACGCCCAUCCGCAGUCACAGCACCAUCCGCACUCUCGCCUUCCCUCAGGGCAACGCCUUCACCAUCCGGACAGCCAGCGGCGGGUACAAAUUCCGCUGGGUCCCCAGUUGACCUGGGGACCGGUUUCCCCCAAAACACUGCCCUGUGCUGAGCGACCCAAGCGCCUGGAGUCGCUGUAACCGUUUCCCU